AUGAGAAUCAGCAACUUGGUUAUCGCGGCCUCUGCUGCCGGCAUGGUCAACGCUCUCCCUAAGCGUGAGAUGAAGAAGCGUGCUUCCUCUGGUUUCACCUUCUUCGGUGUUAGCGAGUCUGGUGCUGAGUUUGGUUCCGGCGUUGGUACUCUGGGAACCACAUACACCUGGCCUACGACCAGCCAGAUCCAGAUCCUGAGAGAUGCGGGCAUGAACAUGUUCCGUAUUCCCUUCCUGAUGGAGCGUCUUACUCCCGACAGCAUCACCGGCUCUUUUGCUUCUGCCUACCUUAGCGACCUCAAAUCGACCGUCCAAUUCGUCACCGACAGCGGAGCUUACGCCGUCCUCGAUCCCCACAACUAUGGAAGAUACAACGGAAACAUCAUCACUUCCACCUCUGAUUUCCAGACCUGGUGGAAGAACGUUGCCGCUGAGUUCGCUGACAACGACAAGGUCAUCUUUGAUACCAACAACGAGUACCAUGAUAUGGAGCAGUCCUUGGUCCUGAGCCUCAACCAGGCCGCCAUUGACGGUAUCCGUGCCGCAGGCGCCACGACUCAGUACAUCUUUGUUGAGGGUAACAGCUACUCCGGUGCCUGGACCUGGACCGAGAACAACGAUGACCUCUCCGGCCUGACCGAUACCGAGGACAAGAUCAUCUACGAGAUGCACCAGUACCUCGACUCCGAUGCCUCUGGUACCUCGGAGACUUGCGUCAGCUCCACCAUCGGUAAGGAGCGUCUCGAGAGCGCCACCGAGUGGCUCCAGACCAACAACAAGAAGGGUGUUAUUGGAGAAUUCGCCGGUGGUGUCAACUCCGUCUGUGAGGAGGCUGUGGAGGGCAUGCUUUCCUACAUGUCCGAGAACAGCGAUGUCUGGGUUGGUGCCUCUUGGUGGUCUGCCGGUCCCUGGUGGGGAUCCUACAUGUACAGCCUGCAGCCCUCCGAUGGCCCGGCUUACUCGACUUACCUUCCCAUCCUGGAGAAGUACUUCCCUGAUGGUGACUCUGCCACCUCUGCUUCCAGCUCCGCUGCUACCUCUGUCGCUGCCGCCACCUCCGCAGCCACCUCCGCAGCCACCUCCGCUGUCUCUGCUGUUCAGCAGACCACCACCGCUGCUCCCCACCCUCAGGUCUCGACCACUUCCGCCGUUUCCGUCGCUGCCGCCGCUCCCAGCAGCAGCUCUUCCGCUACCACCUUUGCCACCUCCACCAAGUCUAAGUCCCCCUGCAAGCUGCACAGCACCAGCAGCGCUGCUUCCGCGGCUGCCACCAGUGCUGUUGUUGCCACCGAGCCUACUACCUCCGCUGUUGUUGCCAGCCAGCCUACCUCCACCGCUGUUGUUGUCAAGCAGCCUACCACCACCGCUGUUGCUGUUGCCGCCACCACCCCUGCCGUCGUUCCUAGCCCCGUCACCUCCAGUGUGGCUGCUGCCAGCGGCAGCGCCGGUGUCAGCGACCCCCAGGGUGCCCUGGCUACCAACGCUGCUGGCCAGGUCAAUGAGUACUACCAGUGCGGUGGACUUAACUGGACCGGUCCCACUGAGUGCGCCAGCCCCUACACCUGCGUGAAGCAGAACGACUACUACUACCAGUGUGUCGCCUCCUCUAACUAA